AAGGGGAAAUUAGCGCGGGGAGACGCACGUGAUGUAAGCGACGUCAACAACACAGCUGAGAGGACGUCACACAGAUAUUUCUCUACUAACCUUCGCCAGACACACCAUUACACAAUCACUUCAGACAUCCCAGUGUAACAGAUGUGACAACACACAGUUAAACGAACUCACCUUCACCAGAGACGAUCAGUGCCUGUCUGUCCAUCAUACGUGUGGCUGUCAGUUCUGAUUAUUGUUGCUGGGCUGCCACAGGUGUGCUGAACACUUGGGAAUGCCAUAAAUCCGAAGAACAACAAUUUUUGUGUCAUUUGCUUGCAUACACACAGAACCAUCACAGACUGCUCCUCAGGAAAUUCAAAGCUUGGUUACACAAGAUCUUGAAUUUGUGUCAAUGAGUGACGAAAUUGAAGUGGUUGGGACAUACAGCGACACAGAGGAGCAUGAGUCACUUACAGACCAAAACUCAUUGGCCUCGCAGAAUGGCAGUCUUAUUGAUGAGAUUGAGGCCGCCACCCAGAGGAAGAAACACUGGCGGAACCUUCUCUCAUUCUGGCUACUAGGUCUCACUAAUAAUUUUGCCUAUGUUGUCAUGCUCUCAGCUGCCCAUGACAUCCUCUCUCAGGACUUCAACGGUGAUGGUGGUGGUGGUGAUGCUGGUGGUGGUAAUGGCAGCAUUACACCAGGGAAUGACACCAACACCACCAACCCUCGUGACUGCAACACCAUCAGCACCGGCGCCGUCCUGCUGGCUGACAUCAUCCCCUCCCUUCUCAUGAAACUCUGGGCUCCCUUCAUGUUCCAUCACAUACAUGGCCGUGUGAGUCUGGUGGUGGUGCUGGGGACCUGUUCCUUCCUGCUGGUGGGCUUGGCGACUAGCAGGGUCAUGGCAAUAUUUGGUGUGAUUUGUGCUGCUGCUGGUGCUGGUCUUGGCGAGGUGUCCUUCCUCUCCUACUCUGCCAACUACCAUGAGAACGUUGUGUCCACCUGGUCGUCGGGCACAGGGGCUGCUGGGGUGUUUGGUGCCGCAGCCUUCGCUGUGCUCACCUCGGCCGGACUCACCCCCCGCACCUCAGUGUUGAUCAUGCUGAUGGUGCCUGUGGUCAUGAGUGUGAGUUUCUGGGCGAUUCUCAUACAUCCUGGAAGAACAAAAUGUCGCAGUCCUUGUAUGAAGUAUGGUAGUGUUAGUGAGGAGGAGGAAGAGAGCAUGUUGCCGUCAAGCCGUCCAUCACCUCCUCUAACAUUUAGCCAGAAAAUGACAUUGCUUCCUUCCUUAAUGAAGUACAUGAUCCCUGUGUUUAUGGUGUAUAUGGCUGAGUAUGUGAUUAACCAAGGCUUGUUGGAGCUGGUGUACUUCCCUGAGGACCGAACCUGGCUGGACCACCAUGCACAGUACAGGUGGUAUCAGGUGAUCUACCAGGUGGGGGUCAUGGUGUCCAGGUCUUCUGUCAACUUUGUGCACGUCAACCACAUCUGGAAGACCUCCGUGUUACAGUGGAUCAAUGUGGUUCUCUUCCUAACCUGUGCUAUCUACUGGUGGAUUAAAAAUAUCUGGCUAGUGUUCUUCCUAAUCUUCUGGGAGGGUUUGCUGGGAGGAGCAGCAUAUGUUAACACUUUCUACAAAGUGUCUCAAGAGAUCAGCGAGCCCAACAAGGAGUAUGCCUUGGGGGUGACCACCUUGGCAGACUCACUUGGGAUAACAGUGGCAGGUCUUAUUGCCAUUCCUAUCCACAAUGCCAUUUGCAGCUUACCAGUGAAAUGAUAGACACCCAAAGACAAAGAGAGGAUAGAGGUGGACAGCAGGGAUAAGGAACGUUCAUCCCAAGUAGGUAACGAACAUUUGGUAAUUGUUAUGAUAUUUUUUAUUGUUUUGUUCUGCCAUGUCUGCCAUGUUCCUCCCCUUGAGUGAUGGGGAGCAGAUGGUGUGGCCAGAGUAGGUGUUCAGAUUCUCUUAUUGUCUCUCAUGUUGAAAGUUUGUUGGUGUGCCAUUUCUUGUGUGUAUGUGUGUGGUUAUUUUUAUUUUAAUUGUUAUAUAGAAUGUAAGCUGUUUUCUAAUGCCUGGUUUCCAAAUGUACAUUAGUCAAGCUCAUUUUUAUAAAUAACAUUGAUCGUAAUUACUCCUGCUUUCAAAUUUAUUCCAGAUGUUUAUGAUUAUGUGAAAAACCACUUCCAUACCACUAAUACAUCUAAUCUCUCUCUCUCUCUCUCUUUUGGUAUGUUGUCAUGUUUUAAGUUUCUGUCUGACUACAGUUUCAUUCUCUUCCUUUUUUAUUUAUUAGAUUGUUUUCUUUCAAAUCUUUAUUCAUGUGUCAAGCUGUUAAACAUGGGACCAGUUUUCAUGUUGCUCAUUACAAUGUAUUCAUACAUGCAUAUGGGGGGGCUGCUGUGGUACAGUGGGACUGUGCACGUUUUGGGGUCAGAGGGGUCCUCAGGUGCAUGGGUUCAAAUCCUAGCCACAUUGCAAGGAUAGGGAGGACAUCCACUCAGUGUGAUGGUUCCCAAGUGCCAGAUCCAAAGUCCUCCAUUAGAGGCACCAUCCUACCACUCACAGACUAGGGAAACCAAACAUAAAACAGAAAGAAAAAAAUAAAUAGGAAAAAAUAUUUAUAAAACAUAUUGUGUGUGUGUAUGUGGGUUGUUCUUUAUUUUAUUCUUAUCUUUUUUCAUCCACAGUUGCUGAAUAGUUUUGUUUUUGUUUUUGUUUAUCAUUGUUUUCAUUUUCUUUGCUGUGUGCUCCUCAAUAUAAUGAAGAGUGAUCCCUACAAUUGUUAACAAUGUGUGUGUGUGUGUGUGUGUGUGUGUGUGUGUGUGUGUGUGUGUGUGUGUGUGUGUGUGUGUGUGUAAUUCACCACU